UUCAGAUGAGUUUGAGUUGAAUUAGUCAAAGUUUGAAAAAAAAUAUAAGAUUGAAUAACAUAAGAGAUGGAUUUUUUAAAAAAAAUGAUUAUAACAAUUACUGUUUUCAACUUUUAUUCUGUUACAUCCAACUUGAUACAAAUUAUAAAUGGAAAUCUGCAUUUAAACGGUCGAAAAAUAACUCCAGUAGAUACUAUAGUCAGUCCAAAGACGCCAGUUUAUUACCUUGUUGAUAUUUACGGAAAUACCUUCAUCAACAAAACCUUCAAUAAAUUCCAAGAGUCACAGUCUUACCAAUACUAUAAGUAUCAGCCAAAUAUCUAUGACCGUGUUCUAUUUCCAAAAAUGUUAAUAAUAACUGACGACGGAAUGUAUCAACAUCAGGGUGAUGAAUUGAUAAUAAGUUACGUUGAAUCAUUUUUAAACAAUGUCAACUACUAUUUCCGUCAAAUAUCGAAUCCUAAAAUACAAUUAACCAUUGCUGGUCUCGCCAUAUCAACACAUCCAAAUAUUCUGCGUUUCCUAGAGCCGUCAACAAUUUAUGCAAAUGGCAAUCACAGCAGUCUGGAAGGUGAACUAACAUUGGAUCAAAUGAAGCAAUGGUUAUCGAACCAUUUCUAUGAGAUUGAUGAUUAUGACUUUUUUUUAAUUCUGUCAUCAUGGCGAGUGGUUAACAGAAGUGCUUCAAGUGGAUAUGCUUGUGAAUCAACGUAUAAUGUAAGAACAGGUGGAGCUAUUGUUGACACUCUACUCGGCUGGAAAAGUUAUAUAUCUGCUGCUCAUGAAAUCGGUCAUAUACUUGGUGUUCAACAUGAUAUCUUACACCCAUUUCCGAAUCAUUUCAUCAUGGCGGACAGUAUGAUGGACUCCGAUACAGAGGAUUAUUAUUGGUCGAGUUUCUCAAUACAUUCAUUUUCUGAAACUUAUCAAAAUGCGACGUUUUCAUGUUUGCUCAGCAAACCAGAAUUUUGAAAUUCUAAGUAAUUAUACCACUGUAGAUUCUUGAUUGAAAUUUUACGUGUAAUUCAAUAUUCAAAAUAAAUAAUAAC